ACAAGCAGGACCCGAUCAGAAUCAGAUCUCCACAACCCUAGCCAGCCAGCCAGCCAGCCAUGGCGGACUUCUCCUCCGACGACGAGUGGAUCGUCCUCGACGCCAAGAACCCCGCCGACUCCUCCGACGACGACCGCGGCGUCCUCGCCCUCGGCUCCCCCACCUGCUCCGACUACGAGCUUGACCUCGACCUCUCCUCCGACGACUCGGACGACGACUCCGUCGUCACAUCCCGCCGCGCCGACGUCGACGACUACAUGUCCUCCGACGACCCCUACGAAGUCGAGUGCGACGACGACCACGCCGACCCCUACGCGGCGCAGCCCCUCACCCGCCCGCUCUCCGGCAUGUUCCACCACACGCCCUGGGACUCGGUCGCCUACGCCGCCUUCGACCCGCUCCGCGCCGCCAACUCGGCCGCCAAGCGCCUCAUCCCGGACCCGGCCUUCGCCGUCUUCCCGGAGAACGUCACCGUGCUCGCAUCCACGCGCGGCCUCGUCUGCCUCCGCGGAAACGCAUCCGGCCUCUACUACGUCGCCAACCCGGCAACCUUCCGCCGGGUCCGCCUCCCGCCACACACCCGCGACCACCGACUCGACGCCGACCCCGCCGUCGUCAUCACCUUCGAGCCAUCCCCCACCGCCUCCUCCUUCCACCACUACAGCGUCGUCGUCGCCUUCCAGGUCCACGACGGCGUCUGGGCGGUCGAGUCCUUCUCGUCGCGCACAUGGGGCUGGACCGUCGGAUCCGACAUCUGCGCGCCCGAGACCGUCAUCGCCUCCUCGGGCGUCGGCGCGCUCGGCCGUGCCUUCUGGCGCACCACCAUCGGACACAUUCUCUGCGUCACCCCAGAGACGGGCACCGUGGACCUCAUCCCGGCGCCGCAAGAGGUGGACGCCAGGCCCGACUGGGAGAUCGGGGAGAUGGAGGGAAACUUCGCCGUCGCAUGCGCCGACCACGCCAGGAAGGAGGUCGCGGCGCUAUACCUCGUCGCCGGGGAGGCCGGCGCCACGCAGUGGCAGUGGGCGGGACAGUUCGACGGCCACAAGGCCGGCUGCCACCCCGGGAUGACGCUGCUGCGCUCCCAGGGCGCAGCCGAGGUCGUCCUAUGGGACUCCGUCGCCGAGCUAGUCAUCGCCUUCGACUUCGACGGCAGGCAGACGCGAUCCAUCGGACCACUCAACGGAGGAAACUACUACACCGACUUCAUACCAUACAUCGGCACCGACACGGAGAUCUACACUGAGGAAGUUGGUGCUGUGUUCAUUACUGUGGAUGCAGUUACAUACAGAAUUCCACAGGCAUCUGUCAAAGAAGAACAGUUCUGAGGUUCCAACUUAAUCUGAAUCAAACAAUGCAUGGCAAGGAUUCGUUGAUGAUAGAGCAAGGAAUAAUGAAGCUUCCAGAUCUUGUGCAGCAUAACGAGAGCUCUAGAGAUAGAAGAAGCAUCAUUCUUUCGACGGAUGUUUUUGCCCGCCUGCUAGCUAUAUAAGCAUCUCUCUGCAGUUUAUCUAGUCGUACAAACUGAACUAAGCUAUGUUUUCGUGUUAUUUUUCUAAGGGACAGAACAAUGCUCUCUUAUUGCUUAGAUGUUUUUGUCUGCCUUGUACAAAGUUAGGUUUUGCAGACCAUUUGCCGUGGAACAUGUUUUUGUUUGCUGAAUUGAGCUACAAUUCUGGUGCAAGUUUAUCGAAUUUCUGUUUGUUUC